AUUGUUCCCAAAACCAGUGUACGAUAUAUUCCUUCUUUCUUCACUCUCUAUUCCACUUCGCUUUCUCAAUUCUCCCUUCUCUGAUUUUGAAUCGACCAAAUCACAAACCCUAGUUUUUGAGGAUGGGCCAGAUCCAGUAUUCCGAGAAGUAUUUUGACGAUACUUAUGAAUAUAGACAUGUGGUUCUACCUCCUGAAGUCGCCAAAUUGCUUCCCAAGAACCGGCUUCUCUCCGAAAAUGAGUGGCGGGCAAUUGGGGUUCAGCAGAGCCGUGGUUGGGUACAUUAUGCAAUUCAUCGUCCUGAGCCACACAUCAUGCUUUUCAGGAGGCCUUUGAACUAUCAGCAGCAGCAGGAAAACCAAGCCCAGCAAAGCAUGCUUGUCAAAUGAACACUUCUCCAUUGAAAUCUGAAAAUGGAAUACAAUAUUAUAUAGGUUUUUAAUCUGUUCAAACGUGUAUGUUGAGAUCUAACUGUUGUGGAAUUCUCUCUUGUGGAGAAUUUUUAUUUUUAAUUGCCAUUUGAAUGUGUUCUGAACGGUGUGUUGGUGUACCUUCCGUGUACUCGUAUGUUCAAUGGGCUUUUAAUAGUCAUUUUCUGUUAGUUAUUGUCCUUGAAGAUUUCUGUGAUUCUCAUACAUCAGUGAUUUCGCGCUGCAUUUGU